AUGUUCAGCUCCAGAUUCAGUUUAGCUGCUCGAAGGAUACAGCUACGGGGGCUUAGAGGCGCAACUCGCUGGAAAAGUGGGUUUUCGAAGAACUCAGUGGUUCAGAAGGGAUCUUUCAAACGUUUUGCUGUUUUGGCUUUGUCACUCGGUUCUGGUUUUUAUGCAGGUAAUUACGUUGGUGAACAUUGGCCUGGUGCUAAGCAACAUUUUCCUGGACCUUCAACUACUGCCUUGCAUGAAAUAGAACCGCCAAGCUAUGCCUCGGAGGAAGAUAUUCGUAAUGCUAUCGAGGAGCUUAGAAAAGUCGUUGACCCAUUUAGAGUUCGAGUUGAUGAUGUAGAUCUCGAGCAUCAUGCAGAUAACGGACUCUCCCCAAAUAAAAUUAGAUCGGCCAACAAACCCAGAUGUGUUAUUUAUCCACUAUCUACCGAAGAAGUGAGUAGGAUUAUGAAGAUAGCAUAUAAGUAUAAUGUACCUGUGGUCCCCUACUCUGGUGCAACGUCUUUAGAAGGACAUUUGCGUUCUAGUAGAAAUGGGAUUGUAAUUGACACUUCACGGAUGAAUAAGGUAUUAGAAGUUUGUGCAGAUGAUCUGGAUGUUAGGGUUCAAGCCGGUGUUGGGUGGAUGCAGUUGAAUGAUUAUUUGGCUAAUACCCCGGGCUAUGAACAUCUAAUGUUUGGUUGUGAUUGUGGCCCAAGCGCACAUGUUUGCGGUAUGGUGAAUACAAAUGCUGCUGGUGUCCACGCUAAUAGAUAUGGACCCAUGGCCCAUAAUGUGGUAUCUCUGACGGCCGUGCUAGCUGAUGGUACUGUUAUCAAAACAAAAAGAAAGCCAAGGAAAUCUAGUGCAGGAUACAAUCUAACUGGUAUGCUAAUCGGCAGCGAGGGUACGUUGGCGGUUAUUACCGAGGUAAUUCUAAGGCUGCAAGUUAAAUCGCCAUAUGAAACUGUAGCUAUGGUGCAAUUCCCUAGAAUAUUUGAUUGUACUACAGCCGUAUCUGAAUUGUUUAAGUUAGGACUGCAAAUGAAUGCAGUAGAGUUCAUGGAUGCAGAUACAAUAUCAUGUAUUAAUGAAAGUAAUUUAAUUACUAGGGAAUACAAAAAUCUACCAACGCUAUACCUAAAGUUAGGAGGCUUAAACAAAUCAAUUGUGCACGCUCAAAUUGACGAAGUGAAAAAAGUUUGUAAGAAGUUUGGCGCCCAGACCUUUGAAUUUGCCAAGAACAAAGAAGAAGCAGACGAAUUGUUCUCUGCCAGAAAAAAUGCACUUUAUGUUCUAAUGGAACACGGCUAUACGAAAUUGGAUGAACGUUCAAAACUUUGGAUAACUGAUGUGGCCGUUCCGUUGUCAAAAUUAGCAACAACGGUGGAAGAAAUUACGCAGCUGUUUGAUGACUGCCCUUUGAGUCAUGCUGUUAUAGGUCAUGUUGCAGACGGUAAUAUUCACUACUGUGUGUUCUACACGCCGGAACAAUAUGAGCAGUGCAGCGAAGUUGUUGCUAAGAUGGUCGAUAUUGGUUUAAAAUAUGAUGGCACUUGUUCUGGUGAACAUGGCAUCGGUACUGGGAAACGCAAGUACUUGGAAAAAGAACUGAGUGCAUCCACGAUUAAUACUAUGCGCAAAAUAAAGAUGGCCCUAGAUCCCAAGAGAAUUUUAAAUCCAGACAAAAUUUUUAAAACAGAUCCUGAAGAUCAUUCAUAUUAA